UUAUUGGCCAUCUAGGAAUGAAACACUACUUGUGAAAAUUUGUUGCUGGAAUGUUGUUAUUGUUAUGUUUUGCACAAUAAAACGUCAAUAGCUUGCGUCAGCGUAAAUCAAGGCAUCUCUAAUUUUGUGCAUUAAAAUAAUUCGAUGACAUGGAGAAAAAUUCUCCCGGCUUAAAUCGACUUACGACGCUUUAUCCCUUUGUUGAAGAAGAUGACUACUUUCUGCUACCACUGCCUCUUUGUUGGAACUCCAAGGAUAAAUCUAAUUUUAUUGUGUUGUCAGAAAAUAAUCUAAGAGUCAACUACCAAGGUUAUGGUAAAACACAUAUAGAUGCUGCAAGUGUCAGAGCUACACAUCCUAUUCCGUCAUCAUGUGGUCUAUACUAUUUUGAAUUGAAAAUUUUGGACAAGGGCAGUGACGGCUAUAUCGGAAUUGGUCUAUCAGCUGAGGGGGUUGACACAAAUGCACUUCCUGGUUGGAGGAAAAAUUCAUUUGGAUAUCAUGGUGAUGAUGGAAAAGCCUUUUGUUCAUCUGGAGUUGGCCAACCAUAUGGACCUACUUUCACUACAAAUGAUGUCAUUGGUUGUGGAAUAAAUUUUAUUGACAGCACCUGCUUUUACACGAAGAAUGGAGUAAACCUUGGAACAGCAUUUUUUGACCUACCUUUAAACUUGUACCCAACCGUUGGAUUAAACUCCCUGGGAGAAAUUGUAGAAGCCAAUUUUGGCCAAUCUCCAUUUGUGUACCACAUUGAAGAUGACAUGAAGGAGCUUAGGGCUCGCAUUGCAUCAGUGAUUCUCAACUACCCUGUUCCGGAUAAGCCCAUGGAAGCUUCAGUUCAAAGUAUGAUAGCUACGUAUUUAAUGCAUCAUCCUCAAUGGUGUGAUGUACCUAGAUCUGCUUCCUCAGCAUCAAGUUCCUCAGGCAUCGGGUCGUCAGAUUCUAGCUCUUCAGAUGUCGUUUCACUAACCCCCGGCUUAUCAGCAUCCAAUGCAACACAGUUUUGGUUCAAUCUGAACUCUUUCCAAGUCAGCAAGGAUUCUAAAAGGAAAAGGAAAUCAGAUGACGCCUAACACUGGCGCUUAUUUAGACUUCUGUAAAAUUUUUUACUUAACUUGUUAGCACAAUUGGCAUAAAAACCCAGUCAUUGCGUAAUGAUAAUCUCGAUUUGUAGUGAAUUUUGUUUGCCUUUUCAACAUAAGUCUGAUGGUGUGUGGAGUAAAUGUGAUGCACGAAGGAAUUCCAUUCAUCUACAAAAAUGGACAGAUUUCAAGCAUUGGCAAUUGUGAUUAUAUGUAUCUUCAUUCUAAUUCUUGUAAUUAUGUAUUUUCGAAUUUUUCCUCGCGAUGUGUUAAAUGAUAAGAUUAUUCUUCUAAAAAGGCUUGCAAAAUGUUAUUAGAAAGGAGUCUGCAUAAUUUUUUCAAAUAGACAAAAUAAAUCAAACGUU